GUGUACGCCGAAAACACGUUGCUGUCGCGUUUUCAUUUUUUCUAUUUUAAGAAGUCACUCGCAACAUGGAGGAGGAAAACAUUGUAAAACCAACGAAGCAAAAAAAGAUCAAAGGCGAACGCAAAGAUAGCCGAAAGGAGUCUGCGACAGCUCAAGAUGAAAUAAAGAAAUUCAAAGAGAAUUUAUUGCAGUCAGUUUCAGAUCAUGGAAUGCAGUCAGAUAACUUAUUAGAGCUAUCAAUACCAGCGGUGCCCAGGUCAAGGUCAGGUUCGAAAGCGAGGGAGUCACUCGCUGUACCGGCUAACGUAUUAGCUGAACUGGAUGAAACUAAAAUUUUCGAGCUGAAAGAGGCAUUCUUGUUAUUUGAUAUGGAUGGAGAUGGUUGCAUCGAUCACAAUGACCUCAGAGGAACGCUGAUCAGUCUUGGUGAGAAGGUGGAUGAAAGCGCAGUGGAAAACAUGCUUUCCGAGGCAUCAAAUCCUUUGGAUUUCGACGCGUUUGUCAACUUGCUUGGAUAUAAGACACUUGAGCUAGAUUCUGAGGAAACUUUAAUAGCCGCUCUGUCGCGCUGGGACUCCGACAAUACGGGAUACAUUUCUGAGGAGAGGAUUCGCCACGACUUGAUGACAUGGGGUGAUCGCUUCACUGAAAAAGAAGCUGACUACGCAUUAGAUGAAGCACCGACGAUACGAGACAAAAAUGGAUACAUUUUGAUCGAUUACAAGCAGUUCUGUAGGAAAUUGUGUGGUCUGAAGAAACCAAACAAACAUGUUCUGGAAGUACAGCAAUAAUAUAAUAAAGAAUUAAAUAAAGAUUUUCUAAGUUUUA